AACUUAGCUCUGCCAUUCUAUUAUAUUUAACAACUCAGCCAUCUGAGCACAUUUAUCUAUGAAUUGUUGAAUCCCAGAAUUUAUUGUUUUGGCAAUUCAUUGAGGAACACAAUUUGGCCAAAUUAUAUGUUCGUUUUGCACAGAGGCAAUGCCGAUAGACAAGCACCGUCCACUGCCGCUGGGCAAGAUCCUCAGCUUCCGGAGGAAUCCCGAUCUGCUGCAGCAACAGCGACAGCAAACCGAUGACAUGGAGGACAUACCGAAGUUUCUGCCAAGCCGACUCCUCAUGGACGACGAAGAUGCCAAGGAUGCGAGUCGCAGGAAGACGGAUGACGUUGACUCCGCGUAUGUCGUGAGGCUGCCUCCUCCACGGAGAUCCCCGGUCUCGAUGAGGAAUCUCCAGCGGGAGCUGGACUCGCCCCAUCAAUGCCAGAAAGCACUCAAGAUCAUGGUGGGUGUGCUAACCGUUUGCUUGCUGUUCGCCACGAUUCCCCUAUAUCGUGUUCAAACUAAGCAAGAGAAGAAUAAUCUAAAGAUGAUUCUUCUGUGGAAUGAGCCCAACCGUGUGGAUGCACCUGCGCGCAUGCAGUGCGGCUGCCUGGUCACUAGCAGUAGGAGUUACAAUGACAAGGCAUUUGAUGCAGUGGUCAUCAGUGCUGACCAUCCCUACUCCUUAGACGGUUUGGACCGAAUCAAGCACAGUCCCCAGUUCUAUGUAGUUUAUGCCGCCAAGAAGCCGCUGAGCUCGUCGCAGAAUCCAUUGACUGGCUUCGUGUUGCCCCCCUUUAAUUUGACCAUGACCUACCGGCUGGACUCCCAGAUUAUCUGGACGGAUUACUACUUCUCCCAAACGAAUCUGGCCAGGAGGCUCAAGUCGUUCCGCCCACCCAGCAAGAGUUUCGCAGAUGACAUGCCAGCAUCCACGGUUCUUCGUCUGGAUAGCGAACUAAGCAAAAAGUCGCGACUGGCUGUGUACCUGGUCUACGAGGUGGAUGAGGAAACCCUUCCCGAGAGCCUCUACUUGGAGCAGCUGCGCAAGUACGCCGACCUCGACGCCCAUGACAACUGUCUGGGCACCGAUGAUUGCAGUCACUACCACUUCAUGCUGAUCUUCGAGCCGACCGCCUGCCCGGACUACGUGCCACCGCAAAUGUCCAGGGCCAUGGACAAACUCCUGGUGCCCGUCCUGAUCGGAGGAGCAAAUCUUACAAAUCUGGUGCCCAGCCACUCGUACAUAAGCAGCAAGGACUUCGCCACCCCGAAGGACUUGAUCGUUCACCUCAAGCACCUUGCAAGUAACCCGGAGGAGUACAGGCGCUACUUCUGGUGGCAUGCCAUCUACAAGCUGCGCCAGGCCUCGCAACCCUACUGCGCCCUCUGCUCCCUGGUGCAACAGGCUCCAGGGGGGCACAAGAUCCGCCAGAGAUCCGACAUCACGGCGUUCGUCGACUGGUGGAGCGAAUACCAGUGCCCCAAUCGAUCCACCACCUUCCUCUGAGUCCCUGUGCGCCGCCCAAUUAUAAUUGCCAGCGAUCGCAAAUUGCCCUCG